AAACAAACCGCCAAACCUCAGCAUUCAACCAUCGACAUGGACACUCCCAUACGGCGCACUGCUACCACUGCCAACAACGAAAACACUACACGGACACCCGCGACCGCGCGACGAUUGACAGCCUUGCAAACUCCACGUCGCGUUAUAUCCGAGUUACCAACCUCAGCUGCGCGUUUAGGAACCCUACAACAGACACCUCGGCGACCCCGAGAUGGCGCACCUACACCACACACAGUCCGUGCUUUGCAACAGCGUGCCACGCCUGGCCGACGGAGAAGCGGAAAGUUGAGAGGUGUCGCGACGUAUACUCCUCGGGAUGACUUACGAGCGCUGUCUAAAGCCCUUCAACGCCAUAUGGCUCCUACACCUGCUGGGCCGCUUGUAAAGGCCAAUGAAACUCCCAAUCAACCGACAGCUUCUAUCAAUCGUGCAAACACGUCAAUCCAAGUCAUAGAGCCUCGACGAUAUUCUAUCCCCAUCCGGAAAGAUACCGGUCCUGCUGCUCUUCCAGACCCCUCGCCGCUCGUAGCGGACAAAAGGUCACCGCAAUCACCUGCGAAUGACGUCAGGCUGGACUCCUUGGCUGCUCUCAAAUCUCCCCGAGAAGGCGAGGUUGGUGGGUACACGGAAGGAGGCGAUACGACCAUGCACACGGUGAUGUCCGUCGAAGCCGGUCGCAGACAAAGUAACCUGCGAUCGAGUAUGGCCUUUGGAGACGACAGCUUAGCCGCAUUCAUUGAUGCUGGAGACUACUCCAUAGGUGAUGGGAGCUUUGUAGGGAACCAACUCUACGACCUUGAGAACAUGGAGGACGAUAUGGUUGAGAUGGAGGAAGAGCGGAGACAUACGAUCAAUCCGGAACAGGACACUUUGGACCUUCGAGCAGCAUUUCUAAGAACACGAGAAAAUAUCGAGGGACUGGAUGGUGCUAGACAGUCUGAGAGUGAGGAUGACCUGGACCAGGGAGCAUUAUCUUGGGCACAGGUGUCGGGGCCUGUCACUCAUAACACCACCAACAAACCUGCAAGAACGGCAAGGAAGAACAAAAUGGUUCCCAAGAGAUACACCAAGAGAGGCACAUUAGUAUCCGCACUCCCACGGUCUGUAGUAAAGAAACUCUGCACUAAGUACUGUGCGAUACCAAUAUCAGUCGACGCACUCGAUGCAAUCACAGAGGCUUCACACGCAUUCUUCGAGCAAGCAAGUGAAGAUGCAGCAACAUAUGCCACACAUGCGGGACGGAAGACUAUCGAGGAUGUCGAUAUAUGGCAACUCAUGAGGAGGCAGCGUUUGGUAGGAAGCAAAACUACGCUCAGUACUCUCGCACAACGACAUCUGCCACGUGAACUUGCAGAUGAGAUCCAUGCACAGACGCGAAGCAAAUCCAACAAAAGGUCCUAGACUCUCAAGCAGCCUUCACACGCAUCUUCACACGAUUUGCUGGUUGACGCAUGAGGCGGAAGAGCAUGAAGGAGGUGAUCACACCCAACGAGUACC